AUGAAAACCAGCGCGAUUGAGAUGCGCGAGCGGCGCGGCGCGGACUGGCUCUGGAGGUCAAGUGACGGACGGAUUGUGGCCACGUCCCCCAGCCCCGGGGAGAGGGGGACAGGCCCGCACGGUGCGGCCCUGGCCAGAGGCGCCGAGCUAGGCCUGGGCCGCCAGGGUCAUGGCCGCCUCCUGGAGCACCCGCACGCCCAGUUUGGGGGCUCUCUGGGCGGCGUGGUGGGCUUCCCCUACCCCCUGGGCCACCACCACGUGUACGAGCUGGCUGGCCACCAGCUGCAGUCGGCCGCCGCCGCCUCGGUGCCCUUCUCCAUCGACGGGCUGCUCAGCGGCUCGUGCGCAGCCGCCGCCUCGGUGGUCACCCCCACGCCGCUGUUGCCUGCUGCCUGCGGGGUCGGCGGCGACAGCCAGCCCUUCAAACUGUCAGACUCGGGAGACCCGGACAAGGAAAGCCCUGGCUGCAAGCGGCGGCGCACCCGCACCAACUUCACAGGCUGGCAGCUGGAGGAGCUGGAGAAGGCAUUCAACGAGAGUCAUUACCCGGACGUGUUCAUGCGUGAGGCGCUGGCGCUGCGCCUCGACCUGGUGGAGUCCCGGGUGCAGGUCUGGUUCCAAAACCGCCGAGCCAAGUGGAGGAAGAAAGAGAACACGAAGAAGGGCCCGGGGCGCCCUGCGCACAACUCGCACCCCACCACGUGCAGCGGCGAGCCCAUGGACCCUGAGGAGAUCGCACGCAAGGAGCUGGAGAAGAUGGAGAAGAAGAAGCGCAAACACGAGAAGAAGUUGCUGAAGAGCCAGGGCCGGCACCUGCACUCGCCCGGAGGCCUGUCGCUGCACAGCGCGCCCAGCUCGGACAGUGACAGCGGCGGAGGUGGUCUGUCGCCCGAGCCACCUGAGCCGCCGCCAGCUGGGGCCACAACCAAGGGUCCGAGCGCCCCUUCCUCCGCUCCCGGGUCUGCACCCGCCCCUCCGGGUGAGCCCCCCGCGCCCACCGCCUGCGAUCCCGCCUACUACCCGAGCCAAAGAAGCGGAGCCGGCCCGCAGCAUAGGCCAGGCCGGCCCGCGGACCAGGACGCAGCCCCGUGCGCGCCCGGGGCGGCGGGGGCUGGAGUAGGGGGCCUGCCCAAGGCCAGCCCCUUCAGCGUGGAGAGCUUGCUGUCCGACUCCCCGCCUCGUCGGAAAGCCGCGCCCGGCGUCGCCGCUGCCGCCACUGCCGCCGCUGUUGCCGCCGCCGCCGCCGCGGGGCUGGACUUCGCGCCGGGCCUGCCGUGUGCUCCACGGACCCUGAUCGGCAAGGGCCACUUUCUGCUCUACCCCAUCACGCAACCUCUGGGUUUCCUGGUGCCGCAGGCUGCGCUCAAGAGCGGUGCGGGCGGGGAGGCCAAGGACGCAUCGCCCGCGGCCCCGGGCUUUGGCUCUUUCCCUGGACCCGGCGGCGCUCCAGACCCGGCCUUCGCACGCCGUAGCCCCGACGCCGGCGCCUCCCCCGGGCCCCCCGCGUCCUUGCGGGACCCCGUUGAGGGCGGCAGCGGCAGCGGGGACGGCGCAGAGGCUGGGGCCAGCUGCCCAGCGCCCCCGCCGCCAUCUCCCGGGCUCAGCCCCAGAGCUCCCAGCCCCAUCGAGGAGCCGGCCGCCUGCGGGGCCCUAGAUCCCAGCGCCACCGAGGCCGAGGGUAGCGCGCCCGAGGGCGACGAGGUGGACAUGGAUUGA